CCGCGUUGGAACAAACUCUGCUGGAGCCUGACAGAGAUGCGGUAGCAGCUCGUUUUCUAGAGAUUCCUCCCUCCAUCCUCUCUCGUCAGCGUGGAUGUGGCCGAGCUGCAAGGCGGCUAAGAAGCUCGGACAGGCACAAGUCUGUCUCCUCGGGAACUUUGAUGGGAAAUGGAUUUCCUGUGUGAAAUAGUGGAGGUUCUGGCUGCGCUGGCAGCUCUGGCUCUGGUUGUGGUGUUCUUAAUAGCACAUUUAACUGGUGGGAUGGUGAACCUGGUACGCCACGAGAAGGAGAAAUAUUUCCUCACUGCCACAGGGGAGGAGCGGCCCUUCCCCAGCCUACAUGAUCCCCAGUCCAGGGAGCUCUCGGUGGUGAUCCCGGCCUACAACGAAGAACUCCGGAUGCCUGUGAUGCUGGAUGAAGCUAUGGAGUAUCUAGAAAAGAGACAGAAACAAAACCCCUCUUUCACCUAUGAGGUCAUCGUGGUUGAUGAUGGCAGUAAGGACAAAACCACAGAGGUUGCUCUGCGGUACACCAGGAAGUACAGUGCAGAUAAAAUCCGGGUGCUGACGCUGGUGCAGAACAGGGGGAAAGGGGGAGCGGUGCGCAUGGGAACGCUGAGCUCCAGGGGGAAGUUCAUCCUGAUGGCAGACGCUGAUGGAGCCACAAGGUUUUGUGACGUUGAGAAAGUGGAGGCUGGACUUAAAGACCUCAAUCCUGGACCGGAGAACUUGGCCAUUUCAUGCGGCUCCAGAGCUCACCUAGAAAAAGAUUCUGUCGCUCAGCGGUCAAUGUUUCGUACAUUUCUUAUGUACGGCUUCCACUUCCUGGUGUGGUUUUUCUGCGUGAGGGGGAUCCAGGACACUCAGUGUGGUUUCAAGCUCUUCACACGGGAAGCUGCUCUCAAGACGUUCUCCUCCCUUCACGUGGAGCGAUGGGCGUUUGACGUGGAGCUUCUGUAUAUUGCCCAGUGUUAUAAAAUCCCCAUAGCAGAGGUGGCUGUCAACUGGACUGAAAUAGAAGGGUCCAAGCUGGUCCCGUUCUGGAGCUGGCUGCAGAUGGGCCGAGACCUGGUUUUCAUCCGCCUGCGCUACAUCACCGGAGCCUGGAAACUGCAGUCACCUGAUAAGACUGAUUAGCCAAUCAGAGAAGCCCGUGGCUCACAGGACGUCCUAUCACAGGCCACCGAGCCUCUCAGUGAGCUGGGAUUACAACUGUGUCCGGCGGUGACUGUAAUCACCCGCGACGUAUCAAUCUGUGUCUCUUCCAGACACACAGUUGUGGGUUUCCUUAUGCGUCUGCCUUUUUAUGUGGAUAUUGGCUCGUUAUGGCCGCUGUUACACAUACAUUUCCAUUGCCACGUCUUACAGAAUGUCUGUAUGAUUGAACCAUGUACUGAGUUACUUAAAGUUUAAUGUUGUAAAUGAGUAUACUGUAAAAAAUGUGCAUAUUUUGCUGGCUUGGCAUGAUUCUCACAGGGAGAAUGAUUAUGAUGGGAGUUUUUUCACAAUGACAGGGUUUUAUUUUGGAGGAAUCAUGACUGUGGUUUAAGCUGGCUGACUUGUAACUAAAUGGGGAAAAAAAGUAAAUUACAUAUGAUUUGAU